AUGAACGACCAAAAAUCAUCUCCAAGCGGAGGUCGCCUGCGAAAGUGGGCAUGGAGAAUUAUUUUUAUUACUCCUUUCUUGUUCUUCGGCGGCUACUUUUUCGUUUUACCCAUCGCCGUUCCUUCUCGAUCGGAGAUGACUCCUCAUCUACGAAAUGGCCUAUUGCCAGUUGAGACGAAGACGCCACUCAAACCGGUCGCUGACGUGAUAUUUGUUCAUGGACUUGGAUCCUUUCCAGACUCUACUUGGCAUAAGCCGUUUCCCGGGAAGAAAACGAAAUAUCCUGAAGGGGUUCACUGGAUUCGAGAUCUUCUGCCAGCGGAUGUCCCCGACGCGCGCCUUCUGUGGUUCAAUUAUGAUUCUACAACGUAUCACGAUGCGCCUCAAAAGUCCCUCGAAACUAUUGGCGGCGAGCUAUUGUUCUCAAUAGAACACUGGAGAGCUAACGAUACCGAGGGGCAGCAGAAUGAUUACCCAAUCAUCUUUGUCUGCCACUCCUAUGGGGGUCUCGUUGUCAAAGAGGCGCUACGACUAGCAUCCAUCAAGGCCAACGAAACCAACAGCAACCCACUUCAACCCAUAUGGGGAACCAUUUUUCUCGGGGUUCCUCAUGCUGGCACGGAGGACUCGUGGUAUACUUAUCAGUUUGCAAAAUUUCUUUCCUCCAUUGGAUCCAACCCGGACAUAUUCGUGCCACUGGCUCGAGACUCGAAGGAUUUAGCCAAGCUCCAUGAGGAUUUUAUGAAGAACUAUGCGCAUGUGAAGAAAGUGAACUUCUUCGAGACUCGAAGGCAGGUCAUUUUUAAGCCUCUAGGCCGAUUUUCCCCGACUAGGAUGAUUGUUCCAAGAACAUCAGCAACUUUUAAUGGCACCAAUACAGAGAACCAUUCUCUCGAUUACGACCACAGCGGGCUCAACAAAUACAACAACGUCUCGGAUGAGGGCUAUGUCAAAGUUGUGUCCGUUCUGAAUAACAUGACACGAAGCAUUACUGAAGAGGAGUACAAGAGUGGCCUACGCAAGGCAGGUGUCGAAGAAUCAUGGUCUCAAAUCUCGCGGGGCUUGAAAUCCCACCGAUGCAACACUAAGCAAUGCCGAAACGAGCUCUAUUCUGCUUGGAGCCACAUUCUUACGGAUAGGGUCCUUCAACACGAGAGGCAGUGGGCGAGCACUGAGGAGUGGAUUGCGGAGAUGGAAGAUGGUUGGUGGAAGACGACUUAUUCAUGGGUGUUUUAUUUUCACUAUGUCUUGACUUAUCCACCAACAGAGGAAGAGCGGAUUCGAAGAAGCUUGGACCGGGAUCGAAGCAGAUGCGACUAUGAUCUGUGGUAUUACUAA